UUCACCAUGCAUUCGCAUCCAUACCCGCACACAUGAGCUGAUUUGUCAAUUGACGAAACAAGUAUCCUAUCAUUCAAAUUCAAUGAAUGACAAUAAAUAAUUUGUUAGGCUGUUCAGGAGGAGUGGCAUGUUUAAGAUGCUCCACGUCCUCACCCUCACCAGUUGGCUUUGACUAAUCAAGAUAGAAACGGGUACAUGAUUUCUCUGACGCGGAACAUCUUUAUUACGCACUUCUCGGGGGUGCAGCGUAAUGGAGGCAUGCCAUGCUCUCUAUCCACAAACGUUUUAAAAUAAUUAAUCCAUCUCAUUUAAGAAUUAAAAAUGCGACCGCCCGCAGAAAUGUUCCUUGAGCUUCAAGUUGCAAGCAGUUUAUAUCCAUCUGUCCGUCCAUGCAACGACUAAAGAGCUUCUUUUUAUUUUCCUCCUCCAAGCCGGACCUUCCUUCUCCAGAGGCACCAAAUUUCGAUACAUGGGUAAAGGUCUCGAGGAAACAUUUCGUGGAGCCCCGUCGCCACAAGCCGAAGAUGCCGAUGAGCUCCGCGAAUCUGCGUCUCUCUCAAAUGACUCCAGCGACUCCAUGUUCUCAUCUUCAUCUAAUCUCACAGAUGACGCAACUUCCUCAUCUCCCAAGUCAUUCUCGCCAUCAUCGAAUUCAUCGAAAUUGAAUUCGGACGGGCCUCUUUUCGAGCUAUCUUCGCUCAUGGCUCAGCUUCCUAUCAGGAGAGGGCUGUCUAAAUACUUUCAAGGGAAAUCACAGUCCUUUACAUCCCUGUCCGAUGCUAGAUGCAUAGAUGAUCUUGCCAAGAAAGAGACCCCUUACAAGAAGAGGAUGAAACCAUGCAAGAGCUAUGCAGGAGGUUUCGAUGCAAGCCAAAAGCCAUGCUAUACACCAGGGCCUUGUAACAAGACCAUAGCAAAGAAAACUUCCAGGGGUUCAAGUGGUUCUCUAGUUGCCAGGAGAAGCAGCAGUAGCCUUUUAUCUAUUAGCAAACCACCUCCCAUACCUGUGAAUAAGAACAUGUAAUUUUUUUUGGUAUUUAAUUAUAGAAUAUGAAGAAGAGAUGCUGCCUGAUUUCAUGACAAGCAAUCUAUUUGAUAGAAGAAAUUAGGCAGCAGAAUUUGUCGUGCUCCUUUUUGUGUAUUAGUUCUGUGAAUAAAAGAGAAGUAGGACCAUUUCGUUAA